AUGUUCAUGUCUUCGCCCACUCCAACCGAUCACACUUCGUUGAAUGAGCUGAAGUUAAGUUCUUCACAAGAUUCCAACAAUCCAUUCUCAUUGAAUCCUAAAUGUUACGCAGAAGAUUCGCUGAGCGUAGACUCACCGGAAACCAGUGGUCAGGAGCCAGACGAUAGUCCAAUUGAUGCAACUUUCACUAACCGGUCACUUUCUAACCCGGACGUUUCCAUCAAUCCAUUGUAUGAAAACUGCCCAGUUUGUGGUGAUCGGUUGUCCGGAUAUCAUUACGGUCUCCCCACUUGCGAAUCAUGUAAAGGAUUUUUUAAGCGCACUGUUCAAAACAAGAAAGAAUACCAUUGCACCGAACAGGGCCAAUGUGUCAUCGAUCGGGUUCACCGAAAACGUUGUGCCUUUUGUCGUUUUCAGAAAUGCCUUUCCGUCGGUAUGAAAGUGGAGGGUAAGCGCUUCACUCUGUAA